CACCAUCCACAACUUCUCUUGCAACCCAAUUUCAAAGCCAAAGCAAGAGUUUUUGCAUCCAAAAUCCAACUUUUAUGAAUAUCAGAGAUACCAUAGAAGAGGGUUAAUUCAUGAAUACGCAUGGAUUGGUUCGUUCUUUAACACCAGAUACCCUUCUCUUUAUCCCUCACUUUUCUUCAAGAUCGUUCCUUGUUCAUCAAAAGCAAGCAAAUUUGGCAGUACCCAGUUUCAGAUAUUGCCAAAGAGGUGGCUUUGGCUUCGGCUUUGCUCCAAGACCAUUUGCACCAUCCCUUGUCAGGUAUCACAGAAAAAGAAAUGGUUGUACCCUUUUGAGAGCGAGUUGGAGAGAGUCUCCUUAUGAAGUUUUGGGUGUUUCUCCUUCUGCAACUCCAGAUGAAAUUAAAAGGGCUUAUAGGAAACUUGCUUUGAAGUAUCACCCUGAUGUCAACAAAGAGGCAAAUGCACAGGAGAAAUUUAUGAGGAUUAAGCAUGCAUACAAUACAUUGCUGAACUCCGAAUCUAGGAGAAGAUACAACUCUGACCGCACAUCUGAUUUUUCGUACUCUGGAACUCAACAAAGACAGAGCACAAAUGCCCAAGAAGAAGAAUUCUAUGGAUUUGGUAAUUUUUUGAGGGAUGUUCAAAUUUCGCUAGAGGACUUCUUUAAAGACCUUCAAGAAGAAUUUCGGAAUUGGGAAGCAAGUGUGUCCUCACAAGAAAAGCCAAAAAGCUUGUGGGAGGAAUUAGCAGCCAUAGGAGAGGAAUUUGUGGAAUUUCUGGAGAAAGAGCUCAACAUAACUGAUGAAGAAGUUGAUGCUAACAACAGAGAUGACUAUAGUAAUUCUGACAAAAUAGGAAGCAGUUUUCAAAACGAAGCCAAAAAGGGUAGCAACGUUGAGGAGAACAUUGAUGAGAUAGAAGCUACUCUUGCGAAGUUGAAAAAGGAACUAGGUUUGUAACAAGGAAGUGCAGCUUUGUAUUGCCUUGAGCAGGCCAAGCAUACCAUGCAGGGAAGUGAAUUAUAGUGAAUAUAAUGUAGCAUCUCACGUUAACAUAUCUGAAGUUCAAAUGUAAGAUCUGUCUACACCAAUUUAGAAGCUCAGAGAAGGGGGAAGGUACUUCCCCACCAUAGUCACAACUGAAAGAUUGCUACUCGCCAAUUGCAGCUAUUGUAAAAUAGCCCUUUUCUCUGACUCUUACCUUUCCCAUUUUCUUUCAUUCCAUUAAUUGGUAGCAGCUAGUGGCAUAGUGGUUGACCCUUAUAUGCCUGGCUUUGUACCUCGCCACAAUUUAAGUGGUAAUUAUUUGUAAUUUGCAGGCAAAGGCAUUUUUUUAUUGACUAAUAAAUCUGAAAGGAAAGCCUUUGGAGUUGCCUCGGA